AUGACAGGACAGCCAUACAACCUCUGGGUGGGAGGCCAGGAGAAGCCUGGUCAUGCAGAGCAGUUCGUGACCUUUUCUUCCCUUUCUUCACCUUUCGAAGCUUCCCAGUACCCCGCGCGAGGGGCUGCAGGGCGCUUAUCUGUGCUCGAGCUCAUGCUCAUGCUCAUGCUCAUGCUUAUGCUCAUACUCACACUUGUGCUGAUGCUCGACUCUCACACGCCAACAGGAUCCCGGUCGAAGACCCCGCGACAGGUGAGAUCUUUGCCAAGUAAGUUCUCAGCCCUCAGCCUCAACUUCGAUGCCCCGUCCGCAAUUAUUUCCCACACGGGUGAGACUGACUGGCGUCCGAAUGCGUGCAGCUGUCACGCAGCGUCCCUGGAAGACGUUGAAGAAACGAUUCGUCUGGCGCACGAAACCUUCAAGGCCGGAACGUGGUCUAGAGCGCCCCGUCAUGUUCGCGCCGAUGUUCUCGACAAGACGGCUGAGCUGCUCACCGCAGAGUUGCCCUCGCUGAUUCCUCUCGAGGUGCGCCAAACCGGACGCGCGAUACGCGAAAUGCGUGCCCAAGUGCCCACGUUGGUCAAGUGGUUUAAAUACUAUGCCGCCCUGCUGCGCACUGAAGAGCGUGCGGUACUGCCAACUGUGGGCAAGCUGCACAACUGGAUUGACCGUGUGCCGCUGGGUGUUGUGGUGCAGAUCACGCCUUUCAACCACCCGCUCCUGGUUGCUGUCAAGAAGAUAGCGCCCGCCCUUGCAGCGGGAAAUAGCGUUGUGGUGAAGCCGAGUGAACUGACACCGCUCACGACGCUGCUGUUGGGCAAGAUCUUACAGAAAGCUGGUGUGCCCGACGGAGUGUUCCACGUGCUUCCUGGAUACGGCGCAACAACUGGCAAGGCCCUCGUCGAACAUCGGCUUGUUCGCAAAGUCGACGUCACUGGCGGCACUGUGGCUGGGAGAGCCAUUGGCUCGAUUGUCGGCGGCAAUCUGGCGCGGUACACGGCGGAACUGGGAGGUAAAGCGCCGCUGAUCGUCUUCGAACAGGCCGAUGUGGAUGUUGCAGUCAAUGGCAUCGCAUUCGGGUCCUUCAUUGCUAGCGGACAAACAUGCGUCGCCAGUACCAGAAUUCUCGUCCAGGAAGGGAUCAUGCAGUCAGUGUUGGAGAAGCUGAAAGCCAAGGCCGAAUCCAUUGUCCGGCGGAUGGGCUCACCGAGCAAUCAGGAAUCCAUGAUGGGCCCACUGGUGUCGGCGAAGCAAUUGUCAAACGUAGAGGCGCUUGUGAAUGAAGCGCUUGCUGCAGAAGGCGCAGCCUUUACGGGCGGUCGUCGCAUGUCUGGAACCAGCAGCCUGGAUGGAAUCGACUUUGCCAAGGGAUACUACUUUGAACCGACAGUGCUGGUGUCUCGUGCCGAAGGCGACAUCCUCAAGUCGCGCAUCUGGCGGGAGGAAGCGUUUGGGCCGGUGGUUGUAGUGGCGCCGUUCAAGACGGAAUCAGAGGCCAUCGCACUCGCCAACGACAGUGAAUUCGGGUUAGGAGCGGGCAUCUGGACGCGGGACGUGGCGCAAGCGUUUCGAGUGUCUGAAGAAAUCGACGCAGGCAUCGUGUGGGUGAAUACGCACCAUCGAAACGAUCCCAGCAGUCCGUGGGGUGGCGCAACGAGCGCGAGCGGUGUUGGCAGCGAGAACGGUAUCGAUGCAUACCAGGCCUACACGACGACCAAGAGCACAAUCAUUAGCUAUGCAAGCCCAGAGGAGGCGCUGGAGGCAGACGACUGGUUCCGUGAGGGCGCUGGUGACGUGCGAUACGGAUAG